GUUAGAAGUUGAAUUUGUAGACUAUUGAAAGUAAAGGAGUGCAGUGGAUAGUGAAUUCUGAAAUCGAAGGAUAAAGCGAAAUAAGCCGUCGGUAAAUCAGCCUUUAGAAAGAGGAUAGAACGGGAAGAAACUAUAAAUGUAAGUAGUUAGUAAUAGAAAGUACUGGAAAAGAAGCGAAUAAUGUAACAUAUAUUUUAUUUAUCGUUUAUUCUGCAAAUUAAAUACAAUAGUUUUAAGCUGUUGCAAACCGUACACCGAGCACUGCUUUGAAAAUUGGUUCAUUAGGGCGGUCCGAAAACCAACAAACUUAAAAAUUUAUAAUGGUUCGACCAAAUCCUAACCCGGAAAAUCCUGAAAAAACAGGUUUUAACUGCGCGGCUUGCGACCGACCGGAUGACGAAGAGUCGCAAAUGGUAUUUUGUGACCAUUGUCAGCAGUGGUUCCACUUCGGCUGUGUUGGCGUCACGGCUGAAAUCAAAGACGUUUCUUGGUGCUGUCAGGAGUGUAGUGACAGGAAAGGUGAAAGUGAAGAGUCCGGUUCGUCGAGCGAGCUUCAAAAGGAGUUGAAGAAACUAGAAAAGGAAAAGAAGAAGCAGAAGCGAAUACUGGAGAAGGAGAGGAUCCUGCACCAGAAGCGGAUGGAGGUUCAGCAAGAGCUGUUCGAGAUGCGCCAGCAGGUCGAGCAGGAGAAGCGGAAUAUGGAACUGGAGUUCGAGAAGGCGCAAAUGGAGAAGAAGAUCGCCGAAGAAGAGACCCAUCAGAAGAAACUGAACGAGAUGCGAGAAGAGAUGGAAGCAAAGCUGAAGCAGUUGAAGUUGAAGCGGAAGAAGGAGUUGACUGGUCGAGAAGUGGAGCAAGAAGGUGCCGUAGGUGGUGAAGACGAGGAAAGCUCGAAAAACGUAGCGCUGAAGACAACGAAACCGGAUCGAAAAAAGCCAGGGCAAAAGCUCGAGAAGAAAAAGUCGAGGAAUGGAAAGCCUGGGAAAGCUCUUCCGAUGGAAGCGGUGGUGAGCGACGCUUGA